UGGAUAGGUUUGGUUGGGCGUUUGGGGUCCUUGUCUUUUUCCAACAUCAUCGUCCAUGGCUUCUUGUCUGCAGAAACUAACAAUAAGUUACGAAAAUCCGUUGAUAUCCAGCAGCAAUAAAAUCCCCAUUUUAAAACUUGAUCCUCAUCAACAAAAUACUAAUAAUGCAUCAUCUUUGGGAAUAUCAAGAAGAACAGCAUUGUCAUUGAUAAUAAGUAGUGUUCCAUUCUUAUCAACAAACACACAAGAGUGUUUUGCAAGAGAAAGGCGCAAUCGGAAAGUCAUCCCUCUUGAAGAUUACCUCACUACCGCAGCGGAUGGGCUGAAAUACUACGAUCUUAUCCAAGGAAAGGGCCCCAUUGCUGAAAAGGGAUCAACGGUUCAGGUGCACUUUGAUUGCGUCUAUAACAAAAUUACAGCAGUUUCAAGCAGGGAGUCUAAAAUCUUAGCUGGAAACCGUACCAUUGCAGAGCCAUACGUUUUUAAGGUAGGGGCUCCACCUGGAAGGGAACGAAAACGUGAUUAUGUAGACAGCCCGAAUGGUUUAUUUUCUGCUCAAGCUGCACCAAAACCUCCUCCUGCCAUGUAUAGUGUUGUUGAGGGAAUGAAAGUUGGUGGAAAGAGGACGGUGAUUGUUCCCCCAGAGGCAGGAUAUGGUAAAAAGGGGUUGAAUGAAAUUCCGCCUGGAGCGACAUUCGAGUUGAAUCUUGAGCUACUGCAAGUAAUGAGACCGGAAGGAAAGUAAUUCGGCUCUGCAGACUGUCAAGUGAGUUUGCAGCGGUAGUUUCUGUGUAAAGAGCAAUUUAUAACAAGGCUAUUUUUGUGCAGUGCAUGAAGUUUUGUAAUACUCUAUGAAGUUAUAACUUGUAAAUGGCAUUACAUUACAAUAACACUUUGUUACACUUGCAGAGUUGCACUUAUAUACCAAUUCCAUUUUCAUCUUGA